AUGGUCAAACCACUAACCUUCAAAGGCGAUAAAAAGCCCAAGAAGCGUAAGCGCCACCAGACCGAUACCGAUCCCAAUGACGAAUCUUCGGCCCGACGCCCUGACCCUUCACACAAGUCCAAAGUGGUUCCUGAAGAAGCCCUUGCCGCAGACGAGGAUCAAAACUGGCUCUCUGCGGACGUUCCAACAGACAUUUUAGGUCCAGUUGUUAUAGUAUUACCGUCUAGUCCACCCACAUGUAUCGCAUGCGAUGGUAAUGGGAAAGUGUUUGCUCAAGAAAUAGAAAACCUAAUAGAAGGAGACCCGGCCACAGCGGAGCCGCAUGACGUGCGACAAGUGUGGGUUGCUACGAGAGUGGCUGGCGCUGAAGGCAUCAAUUUCAAGGGACAUCAUGGUCGGUAUUUAAGUUGCGACAAAUAUGGAAUAUUAAGCGCAAAUGCUCCCGCUGUAUCCGCUUGCGAAUCUUUCGUCCCAAUUCCCUCAUCCGAUUUACCUAGCACAUUCUCUUUCCAGGUGGCUGGUGGCGAUAGGGAAGCCUUCCUAUCUAUAAAGGAGCCUGGAGGCUCUUCCGUGUCUGCUUCUGCGUUAGCAGUCGAAAUCCGUGGCGAUGCAUCAAGUAUCUCAUUCAACACUACAUGUCGCGUCCGUAUGCAGGCUCGUUUCAAGCCGAAGCUGAAGGCAUCUAAAGAGUCCAAAGCGUUUGAGAAAAUUAGCCGCAAGGAAUUGGAAGCUGCAGUCGGGAGAAGAUUAGAAGAUCACGAAGUGAAAAGACUGAAAAAAGCGAGAAAGGAAGGCUCCUAUCAUGAGGCGAUCCUGAACGCUAGAGUUAAGGGAAAGCACGAUAAAUUUGCCUCAUGA